AUGAGAAUUUUUCACUGGAUUCUCUUCUUUAUUACCACUUCGCUUGCCAGGCAAUCAAUCCUGAGCAAUUCCGCCUCUGAUAACACUCCAUCUCUGGUUGAACAGUACGCCCAUGUGGUCUCUGAAUGGGAUAUUAAUGACCUCAAAGAAUAUCUCAAAGACUCUAAGGCCUCAAUUGACGAGAAACGAUCUAAAGACGUGGAAUUUUUGCGAUCCAUUGCUAUAGAGAACCUUGUAAAGACAAAGAAGCAAACCAAUUCUUACUGGGAUUCUUUCAAAUCGUUGUUUUCGGCUCCAAAGUCUUACCUUGAAUCCCCAUUCAAUAAUGACAGUGGCAAGACUGAAAACGUGUCUGAUUGGAUCUUUGAAACUUGGUCAAGCAGUCAAUUGAACAACCUUUUGAAAGACGCAGGCAUCAAGGUUCAACCAUAUCAAAGCCGUUCUUCUUUGAUUGAUGCUGCAAAGAAGAAUUAUGGCAAGAUCAGCAAAAAGUCUAAAGCUUCUGGCAAGUAUCCAGGCGCCUGGUUGUACAACAAAUGGUCUAACGACGAUCUCGUUGAAUGGCUACUUGACAAUGAGGUUAUUGGUCAGCAAGAAGCAAAGAGAUUGAACAAGAACAGAAAUGCUCUCUUGAAGAAGGUCAGAGAUCAUAUUUACUCCGUUUCUUCCUACUACCGGGAUCUCCGUGACUCGUUGAUUGAAGACCUUGACCUGGAUCUUGAAGACGUUUCUCAAUUCAAAGACGACACCAUCAACAGCUGGUCGGAGUCACAAUUGUUGGACUGGUUAAAGAUCCACAAGAUCAAAGUCGAUGAGCAGUACUAUCACAACAAAGACUACCUAUCUAAGAAAGUGUCUGAGAACAAAGCUCUUCUGAAAGAUGAUGUUGAGAGCUGGUUGAGCAGUGUGAACAAAGUUGUUUCUCCGUACUUGUCGAAAUCCACUGAGCAACUUGAGAAAGCCAAAAAGACUGCUGGCAAGAAGAGCCAAGAGGCUGGAGAGUUCAUCAAUGAUACUUUCUUAAUUGAUGUCUCUAAGUGGUCACGCUCCCGUCUCACUUCUUACCUAAAAUCUCGUGGAAUUCGUAUUCCAUUAUUUGCCACAAAGUCACAUUUGGUUAAGCUGGUAGAGAAGAACAGAUCCACUCCCCCAAUUUCGUGGCAAAAGGGAGUCAAAGAUUCAAUCCCUGAUUGGAUUUUUGAAGGCUGGAGCACUGCCCAAGUUGAGAACUGGCUGAAGCAGAACAACGUCCCAAUUGACAAAGGUGUCAAGAAGAGAGAUGAUCUUAUCAAAAAGGCCAUUGAAUGGUAUGGAGACGCAGCCAAGACUGCUUCCAAGCAGCAAGAGAACAUCAAGAACACCGCAUCUGAAAAAACUGAUGAUCUGAAACAGGCUUUCCAAUCUCUUAAAACUGGUGCUAAUGAUUGGUACGAAUCGUUCUACAACUACUACAAUUCCUGGUCUGAGAAGGACUUGAAAAAAUACUUGAAAUCCUACGGAAUCGACACCACCGGCCUUUCUCACACAGAUUUGAUCAAUCAGGCUAGGUCCGUGUCUGAGAGGGUGCUGAAGGGAACUCCAUUCGAUACUCAACCAAGUUUGGUCAACCGCCUGUCUUUUGGGUAUUUUGAUAAGCAAACUCCGUUCUACUAUUCCCUUCUCUCUUACUACUACCAAUUCAAGUCAUAUCUGGCUACGUAUAUACCAUUUGUCCAUUAA